CGGUGGGGGUGUUCCACACCCACUGCGCAAGUUAGCAUCAGCCGCCGCUAUGCUCGUCGGCGGAGCUCUCACUCUCUCUCUAGCUACCUCUGCCACCAUUCGAACCCUACAAGCAAUCGUUGAUGCCAAACAGAAGAAAUUUGCAUUGGCAUGUGGAGUGUGCAAGGAAAAAGGGUUUUACAUUUGCAAAUUGUGCAAAGGGAAAUCAACAAUACAUUGGUCACCUCUGUAUGAUCCUCUGGUUAUAAACCCUUGUCUUUGCCCUACUUGUGAUGGAAACAGGGUACAACGCUGUCUCAACUGUUUGGGAAAAGGUUAUUACUACAAUUAAGAGACGGAUAGGAAUGGCCCAGCAGCAUUCUUGACUGCCCCUAUGUUAUCAGUAAUGAACCUUUUGAAGUUUUGUGUUAUUGAGUGUCGAUGGGAGGCUUGAAUUUCUCUCUAUACUUGCUUAAUUGGUGUUUGGUAGCGUUGUUUCAAUGUACCAUCCAAGAAUAUGAUAAUGGGGAGGCUAGGCUAUAUUGUGCUUUGCAAAGAGAAGAAAAUGAGAAACUGGCUCAAGAACCACAGAAAUCAUCACGUGGGACAAUGGUUGUAAAUUCAAUUAUCCUUGGUUGAUUAAUUGUUUUGCCACUUUGCAUAUUUGAUCGUGGCCUUGACCAUCUCUAGGGCCAGAAUUGCUUUGAAACAACAAAGGUUGUGGUUUGUGUUGUAUAGAACAUUUUGAUGUUAAUUAUGUGCAAUUAAAAGUUUGGUACAUAGAAGUUUAAAUCGU